CGCACAGGCGAAGGACAAUUUUACCCUUUUCACAUUUUCAAUAGAUAACCAAUUCAUAAAAAAAAAACUAAAUCCUCUCAACUCAUUCAACUUUUCACAAAUUCAUAUUUUACGAAAAUGUCGGAUUUGGAACGAGAUAGAAAUCGACAACCUCCGGGCAGAAAGCGUAUGGGGAAGACGUUUUUGGCCCCAGAAUUAGGGGGAUCGGGAGCCCGUCACGUUACGACGCGUAAAGUUUCUGCCUCGGCUCGACGGAAGAAACAAGCGCAUACUUCUCCCGAUGAGGUCCGCAUUUCUGUUGAGGAUCUUAGAGAGUCUGAUGAUUUUGUGAGCUCAGAGGACGAGCCAGAGGACGAGCCAGAGGACGAGCCAAGUGAAAAAAUUUACAUUUCUAAACGGAAAAAGGGUGCAGGUGGUCGGUUCGUUGGCGACUCGUCAUCAGGGUCGAACAGACGACCUGAAGAGGUUGACGUGUGGACCGUUACUGGUCCAGUACCUGGUGGACCCGAGGAUGACACUGUUAUUCCUAGUUUUCUCGGGCAUGUCGCUUCUCGGCUAUGGGAUGGGGCGGACAGAGGCGUGCUGAAGUGUCAGACUAGACAUGGAGCUCUGAAGAAGCUGAGACAGUGGUAUGAGACGGCCUCAGAGGAGGUUAAGGUGCUGAUAGACGGGACUGAGAUAUCACAUCUCCCGUUUAUCAUGUUUGAUCAUCUGGAUAUCCCGCUCCUUUCUGCAUUUGUGGAGCGAUGGCAGCCAGAUACAAACUCUUUUCACAUGCCAUUCGGGGAGAUGACCAUCACAUUACAUGACGUGUGGCAUAUUCUUCGGAUUCCAGUUGCUGGGGCUAUGGUUUCAGGUCAGCCGAACAAGGCUCAGCUGAUGGCUUACUGCGUACAGAUUUUAGGUAUUUCACCAGAGGAUCUUGUGAGUAAGACGAGCAAGCAUUUUGCCCAGGGAGGUGUGCUGAUUGAGUCGAUCAUCAGCUUAUGUAGGCGUGACCGUACUGCAGAAGUGGAGGCAAUAGCCUGGAUCUGGUUGACGUUAGGUUGCACUCUAUUCACUGACAAGAGUGGCCAUCGGAUUAGACCUGCAACCAUAUGGGAGGUGCGGGAAGGAGUCACAGAUACGAGUACAGUUUCCUGGGGAUCAGCUACACUAGCUUAUCUCUAUCGGCAGCUUGGAAUCUCAUCGAGAGGAGACUGCUCCGGUUUGACUGGCUGUCUGACACUGCUGCAGACAUGGAUUUAUGAGUACUUUCCAUGCUUCCGGCCCCAGCGAGAGCGGUUGUUGAUCGAGUCUCAUCUUCCUCGAGCUUCUAGCUGGAGUGCUAUUGCGUCUGAUUGCUCAGCCACCCGACUUCGGUCCUUGCGAGCUCGUUUGGACACGCUGACUGCUGAGGAGAUCACAUGGCUCCCUUUUGGCGGCGAGCCUGCUGCCACCGUAGAGCACACUGCAUAUUAUGGCUGGAUAGCGUACCGGGACAUUGUCGAGCCGUACACUGCAAUGUUCAUUCUAGUCAUUCCCCACAUCUUCUCGUCACCAUAUAUGUGGUCUGCCACCACGCGAAAUCCACAGUUGCCGUCUCCACGCACGUCCACAAGCUCUAUGUGUCCCAGCCAAGUCCCCUCAAUGUACUGUAUCAACCCUGGAAAACCUUUAAACCGAUCUCUGAAGUGCUCCACAGCUAUGUUAUAUUUAUCAAAACUUGGCGCUCUGAUAAUUUUCUUCCAUGUACUAUUCUUGAAAAUUUCAGCAAACUCUUGGUUUUUCCCACUAAUUCUGUACACUCUAUCUUCUACGUCCUUAUUUAUGUGCCACGUACAUAGUAGAUGAGAAGAACGUGGGAAAACCUCUGACACUGGUCUCAUAAGCCCCAAUUCUCGAUCAGUAAGAAUAGCGCUCGGAUGAAUAUGUUCCCCAAUCAAGCACCUGCAUUAUUGCCCGAUGAUUUAAUAAGUAAUUUGAAUUUGAAUAUCAUUAAAAUAUCAAAUAACAUAAUUAUAAUUAAAUACCUCAG